AUGUCUGAUGAAACGCAGGUUCUUUCUGCUUUGAAGCUUCUUUGCGAUACUCCGCAUGGAACUUUCAAAAUCCAUCGUGAUCUCUCAUUCCAAGUCUUGGAGACACUCAAACUAGCGCUCUCCACAACUGAGCAUUCUACGGGCUCAAACAAUUAUCAGGGCGGGGAAAUGGAUCCUCAAACGAUAUGCCAUCCAACUUAUUCAACUUCCCCUAAUUCGAAGUCUCCGACAUCUAUCGAGGAAGCCAUGAGCCCUACGCCUAUUGAGGAGCGAUCUGACGAAGGGGGAUCUGAUGAAGGGCAAUCUGAUGAAGGGGGAUCUGAUGAAGGGCAAUCUGAUGAAGGGGGAUCCGAUGAAGGGGAAUCUACUGUAGGGAGAUCUGAUGAAGGGCAAUCUGCUGAAGGGGAAUCUACUGAAGACCAAUCUAAUAAGGGACCUCACACCAAUUUCAUCAACGCAGUGAAGACUCGUCUUGCUGAUCUGUCUGAAAUCUGCCGAAAGACCCCUUCUAUUUCAGCAAUCCUCGCCCAAAUGCGGCUGGACGCGGAGUUGCUAGACGAAAAAAUCAUAUUUCUACAAAGAGGGUCCUCGGCGCGAGCUCUAACUGAUGAGGAUCGACUUGUCAGAGGUUUGACUCAGUCAUUUAUAGCUCAUAAUUUUACUCAGUGGGAAAGAUCAUAUGGCCUAAAACCUCGGCUUGAAAAAAUUGCCAAUGCGGAAGCAAAAGGGAAGAAAUCCUGCCGGGGUGGAAAGAUGGCUUCAUAUCUCCGAGAUUGUGGCAUUCAAAAAAAACAUCACAACAUGUACAGGAAGGGCAUCCAAAAAGGGUCAAACCAAAUUCUGUUUCGUAAAUCAUUGGAAGAUUUAUGGCGUGGUGCGGAGAAAUAUGCCACAGUGCCAGGUGUCAUGGCUUUGUUCUCAAUUUUGGAAUAUGUCGAAUUCGAGAAAGUUCCAACAGUGGACCUAGCACAACUUGCAAAAUGCGUCGACUCAUCAUACGGCGAAGUUGAUAUCGAAAACACGAAAGCUUUCUCCGAUUGGUUUGGUGGCAUGGAAAGAGAAUAUGACAUGAUUUUCAAUGCCAGUGCGUUGGAUGACGAGAGAUCUUUGGGCCAUGAAACAUCUUGUGUUGACUUAACGGCAAAUUCUCAUGAGCUCUCAACUUUCUCGACCGUUCCAACCACUGCACACGUCAAUCAGUCUUCUAUCAACUAUCCCAAUAUCAGCAUCAAUUCACAUGAGCUCUCGAGUUUCUCGACCAUUCCAACCUUUGAACACGUCAAUCCGUGUUCUAUCAACUAUCCCAAUAUGAGCAUCAACUCACAUGAGCUCUCGAGUUUCUCGACCGUUCCAACCUUUGCACAAGUCGAUCCGUGUCCUAUCAACUAUCCCAAUGUUAACAUCAACUCACAUGAGCUCUCGAGUAUCUCUACCUAUCCAAACGCGGUCUUAGACAGCCACGGGUUGUCCGCCAGAACAGGCCCCGGUGAUUCGCAUCAAUUUCCUCAAGAUCCAAACAUUUUCUGUUUGCAUUCUGAGAACUCGCAAGACCCACGAUCAUCAUACUCUAUAUUUCCUGAAACACCGCGAUCAAGUCCUUCGCCUAUGCCAAAUGCAAUCUCGUGCUAG